ACCUGGAGAAGAACUGGGCGAAAAUGAGUCUUCAGAUGAUGAUGAAUCAAUCAACAGAAAACGAAUCAAGAAGCCAAACCUACCCCUGGCGCCUCCUAUAUUUAAAGAGACACCCCGUGAGACUGGCUUUCACAAGACCACAAGGAACUGCCUCCAACACAUCAGGGAGGUCUUGCUGCACCAUAGAUGGCAGGAUGCCGCAGAGUACAUGGCCAGUUACUCACAGACACUGGAGGAUACCACUGCAAACAUGCCACAACUCUACGCUGAGAUAAUUUGGAGGAAAGGCACAGAGAUACUACACCACCAUCCCGAAUCGAAGCUGGAAGACUACAACAGCUUCUAUGAGCGAGUGAAACACUCAGGAGUAAAGCAUUACCUGAAGGUACAUUGUUGCCACGGUUACCCUCAGAGCCCGGGAUGUCGCUGCUCACGAUAAAGAUUGACAAGAUUGGGCUGAAAGAUGCAGGGCAAUGCAUUGAUCCCUACAUGACAGUUAGUGUGAAAGAUGUGAAUGGCAUUGAUUUGAACCCGGUGCAAGACACACCUGUGGCUACCCGAAAGGAGGACACAUACAUUCACUUCAGCGUAGACAUCGAGAUCCAGAGACAUAUCGAGAGACUACCAAAAGGGGUAGCUAUUUUCUUUGAGUUCAAGCACUAUAAACCCAAGAAGGGGUUUACCAGCACAAAAUGUUUUGCCUUCAUGGAAAUGGAUGAGAUCAAACCUGGUCCCAUUGUGAUCGAGUUGUACAAGAAGCCCACUGACUUCAAGAGGAAGAAGCUCCAGCUCCUGACAAAGAAGCCACUCUAUCUCCACCUCCACCAGACGUUGCACAAAGAUUAAUAACCGAGGUCACUGAAUGGAGCACAUCAAGAAAGCAGAAGCACCACAGAAUUCCACUGUAGUCAUCAGACAUCCAACAAAGUUUGGUGUACCUACUGCGUAUCCGCCUCCACUCACAUCAGCAAUACUAAACCCAGCAGGCCCAAAGGCCACACCCUCAACUCUGUCAUAGGAUGGCCCUGGAUGACACAUAUUAACUACAGCGGUGACAACACCCUACUGUAUAAUGCUGCGUUCGUAACCAGGUGGGAGGUGGGAAUUUACCAGUUGUGAAGUCGUAAAUACCAGUUGGACGCAUUCACGUGCUUUGAACUUGUUGAGAAAGGCUGAUUUGUCUAAUGGCCAACAAGCUUCCUAAGCCAUAAACUAAAAGCUAUCAUGCUGGUAAACAAAUGAGUGUUAAAAAACCAUAUUAAUAGAUUGCUUUUUAUAAAUAAGGUUUUGUUGUUGCAUUUAACUGCCGAAAAGGCUGUUAUCCAGGUCAUUUCCUUAAUAGGUGACGUCAGAGGUCAGCAUGUGGGAGAAGUGGGAGCUCAGGAUG